CAACGAAUUGUUUUUCUGAUAAAAAAACUUUAGUUAUUAGAAUUUUUAUUGUAUUUAGUACAUGAAAUAGUGAAUUAAUUAAGCAAUGGAUGUUAAGAAUUUGGAGACGUAUGCCAUAAUCGGGUUUGAUGGUUCCGCGAUCCGCGGUUUAAAGGUGCAUCCAGACGGCGACCAUGUCGUCUACCCGAUGGGCAACAAGGUCUGCAUCCAGCACUGGACGAGCAAGCAGAUGUGGUUCCUCAGUGGACACACCAACAGCGUGUCGGCGGUGGGCGUAUCCAGCGGCGGGCGUUAUGUCGGCUCAGGACAGAUCAACCACGUCGGUUUCAAGGCUUCAGCGAAGCUGUGGGAUUUUAAAAAGAAGACGUUACUCGGGAGCCAUGAGCUGCAUAAGGUCCGCGUGGAAGCCCUAAUGUUCACAGCGGACGAGCGCUACAUGAUAUCCCUCGGCGGCCGCGACGACGGCUGCAUAGUCCUCUGGGACUGCGCCGUGGGCGCCGCGACCGGCACCUCACCAGCCGCUAGACUGACUACGGGAGAUGCGGUUACCCUUACUGCGUUGUCCUGUCGGCCUAACUCGUUCGUCACUGGUGGAGACUCGAAUCUCCGAGUAUGGAACAUCCGCGCGCAAAGCAAGGCUCUAGACGUGGUAGAUGUUGCGCUCGGCAAGUUAAGGAGAAGUGUCCGCUGCAUCGCCAUCAGUGGAGAUGACUCGUACGGCAUCGCUGGCACCACAACGGGUGACAUGGUGAAGUUCUCCAUAAAGUACCCAUCGGACCCAGCAGCCGACGUGAUGGGGUGCAAGCCGGCUCUCAUAGGGUGCCUCGCCAAAUGUGGACCUUGGAAGAAAGGGAAGCGACCGGAGUCUCAGUGUUACAGCCAAGGAGUAGAAGCUAUCCUGAUAAUGGCAGAUGGCUGCCUAAUAGUCGGCGCUGGUGAUGGCACCAUAGACAUCCUGGAUGAGAUCAACUGGAAGGGAGAGUUCCCUAAAGGAAGGCUGUUGGACCCUAACAUGCCGUACUAUAAAGCUCUACGCUCUGCGAAGCUAAACGGCUGCAUCACGUCCCUAGAACUCAUGGAGUCGCCCAGCCAACGCGGAGUCUCGCGCAAACUGCUAGCAGCCACGCGUAGUAGCGAGAUUUACGCGCUCAGUGUGGACACACUCGCGCCUGUGCUGUGUGUGACGUGCCAUAGAUGUGCCAUCAAUGAUAUAGCCUUUCCCAGGGGCAUGUCAGGAGUAUUCGUGACGGCGGGCUCUGGCGAUGUUCGCGUGUGGUGCCUCGAGACUUGUCAGGAGCUGCUCAGGAUAUCUGUGCCUAACUUCACGUGCAGCUCUGUGCUGUUCAGCGGUGACGGCAAGUCCAUAGUAUCUGGGUGGAACGACGGCACAAUACGCGCCUUCACCCCGCUCACAGGCCGGCUCAUGUACGCCAUUUUCAACACACACAACAAGGGGACGUCGGCACUGGCUAUGAACUCUAAGGGGAACACACUCAUCUCCGGUGGAUGCGAAGGCCAAGUUCGCGUAUGGGACAUAAAACCGGAGAAGCAGAUUUUGAAGAAGGUGCUGAAAGAGCACAAGAGCCCCGUGUCGGCUAUCCAGGUGUCCCCCAACGACUGUGAGGCCGUCAGCGCUGGGACUGACGGGUCAUGUAUCAUAUGGGACCUGAUGUCGCUAUCUCGUCGCCAAGUGAUGUACGCGAGCACACUCUUCAUGUGCGUGUGCUUCGAGCCUCUGGGGUGCCAGCUGCUGACCGGUGGCACGGACCGCCGCGUCGCUUACUGGGAGGCGGGCAGUGGAAACUUGGCUAGAGAGUUGGAGGCGAGCAAAGUUGGAGCAGUAAACGGUCUCGACAUAUCGUCCGAUGGUCAGCUCUUCGUCACCGGAUGUAACGACCAGAUCGUCAAGGUCUGGAAGUACCAGGAGGGCAUCUACACACACAUGGGUUUAGGUCACGCAGGGGCAGUGACUUGCGCCAAGUUCUCGCCGGACCGACGCUUCGUCGUGAGCUCGUGCGCCGCCGGCAGCAUUAUUGUAUGGAGGACGCCCGAGAUAUACCUGCAACCAGAAAAGCCCUCCCAGCCGUCAUCGGCCAAGCAAACACAGGAGCAAGACACCCAGGAGGGCGAGAGGAAAGCCCAGACUCUAGAAGACGAGCUGAAGCUGCCGCUCGCGGACAAACCGGAGCACAGAGAAGAGAAGAAGAAGGCGGCAGGAGACAGGCAGCACAGAGUACCUGCAGCUCCUUCCAAGAUAGAGAAGAUCCAAGCGAUGGACACGACCCGUAGCAGCGUGCACUCGUGCUGUCCGUGCGACACGGUGCGCUCCGCGGGAUCCGGCGCCGCGCGCAGCCCGGCCGACUCCGGCAAGAAGGGCAAGGCUGCAGACAAAACGAAUAACUUGCCAACGAAGACGACGAGCAAAGAAUUCGUCAGCGGGGGCGGAGGUGACAAAAAAUAACAAUAUGCCUACGAAAGAUGGUCUGCCAGUAUUCAAUCUGACUGAAGUGUAAUAUAUCUGCUUAUUUAUAUACGUUUUGAAAUAUA